CUAGGCCUGACCUGCGAACAUUUAGCGAAAUCACAUUGUUCUUAAAUAAGCAGGUUAUCCAUUGAGACGUAGCAAUUGACGUUAAACUUACGCUGUGGGUAUUGUUUGUCGAAGAGUAUGACGACGAAAAGUCUGAAGAAUCUUUCUGAAGUGUCUAAAGAAGAGCAGCAAACAUUUAUUGAUAGUUUUGAUUAUGUUUUGACAGAUUUAGAUGGCGUGUUGUGGUUGUUAUGGAAACCAUUCCCGGAUGCUGUAGAAUGCAUUGAUAAUCUUAGAAAGUUAAGAAAACAAAUUGGCUUUAUAACAAAUUACACAGGUGCACCUGUACCUGUUUUAUUCGAAAGACUGCAGAACAAUAAACUAUCACAAAAUAUAGAAGAAAUGGUUAAUCCUUAUAUGGCGGUAACAGCUCAUUUAAAAAAGAUAAACUUUCAGAAGAAACUGUAUGUGGUAGGUAGUAAACAGUAUAAAGAACAAUUAAGAAAGGAUGGAUUUAAUGUUGCUGACGACCCUCCGCAAGAGAUAGAAGAAACUGUGAAAGGCAUAUUUGAGAACAUUCAGGAUGACGAAGAGAUCGGAGCUGUUCUUUACGAUUUUGACAUAAAUUUAACUUAUAUGAAGCUGCAAAAAGCUCUAACUUACUUAAAAAGAAAAGAUUGUUUAUUUUUUGUAGCAGCAGCUGACAAAACUCUCCCCGUGGGACCAUUAGGACCAUUAAUAGGUAAUAAAUUUUUUUACAUGUCUUUAUGCGAGAUAAGUGGAAGACAACCAAUGCAAUUGGCAAAACCAUCACAUCAUUACAAUGAAUACGUAGUCGAAAAAUUAAAUGUAACUGAUCCAAAACGAACACUUUUUAUUGGAGAUGUGAUCAACGAGGAUAUGGGAUUUGGUACGGUAGGUGGAUACCAAAAACUUCUCGUUCUUAGUGGUACUACAAAAAUGGAUGAUAUUAAAGAGUGGAAGCACCCAGAAGAGUACAAACCUACGUAUUAUAUUCAGAAUAUAAGCGAACUAAAUAAGAUUAUAAAAACUGUACAUAAAUUAUGACAAUUUUAUUUGAAAUAAAUAUAUUUUUUAC